AUGGACUUGUGGACCGGAGAGAAGUCGGUCUCGCCCUCAGAAGAGCCAAGUGAUGUGGUGUCGCCGCCCUUGCCACAAGCAGCUGGUUUGUUGUCGAAGUGUCUCACGCACGCACUCGUGCGCUCUUUUGUUCCUUUCAUUCAGACCCUCGCGGUCAGUGUGUCCGCUGGUGCCCCAGUCUCGCUGUUCCCGGGUGCUGUUGCACUAAAGACGCUUCAGGAAUUAACCGGUUCUGGUUCAAAUAAUGUGAACAAUUUGAGUGCGUCAGAUGCCGCUUCCGCAGUGGCAGCAAUGGCUGCGGCCGCACUAUCCGGUCUAACUGGGUUCGAUGUCAGUGCACCCACAAUAGCCUCUGUUCCUUCCCAAGCGUUUCCAGUCACACUAACCAGCAUCCCAUCAUCCUUGAGUCUAAAUCCUUCGAAAAUUUUGCCCACUCUUGCAACUCUAGUCAGUCCGGCCCAAACAACUACCACCAGCACUACUAGUGGAAGUUCCGCGGGUGUUACCCCAUCAGUUGCUCCGUCUGUGAGUUUGUCCACUACGACCCGUUCCGCUACGAUUAGUGGCAAUUUAGCUUCAAUCAUGACUGACAAUGCCAGCUCAAGUGGUAAAACAGCCAAUAAUACUACUACUACAACUACUGCCGCUGGUACGAAAACCACUCUGAGUAGUACCACAAUUUCUGACACGAGCACUACCAAUUCAGUGACUACGUGCACACCAAAUGCACCUGUUUCUGAAGGACCUCAAGAAGAAGAAGAAGAACCGAUUGAAUCAAUACCCGAGAACAAACCGGAAGCCACUGAUGAUCGGACCUACCCGGACUAUACCGGUCGCGUCGGAGACGAUAUGGUCUCGUUCCCGUUCGACGAGGAUAAAUUCCGCUCGGAAUUGUCCUCCCACAUCCGUCCACCCAUUCUAGACCGUCUAGUGUCUAAAAUGUGUCAAUUCUCUUCCUAUUUGGUUCGGAUUCUGGGCAAAGAGAAUCAUCGUCGUAUCCCUGUCUGUCCGGAAUGUGGCAAGGUGUUCCCAUAUGGUUUGGGUGAUUUUAAACGUCAUUUGCUUACCGUUCAUUUGGAAGUACCUAGGGAAUACCUGAAAGAUUGUCUUCGCUUCACCUAUCUGCCCAAAAGUGAAGAGAAGUUCCAAGAGGUUCAGGAACAGUUGGCCAUGCGUCAAAUGCGACCACGAAUGUUGGAGGCUGGUAAACGCCGUGUCCCUCUACCCUACUCAAUCGCUAUCUUGCGUCGUCUGACCAACCAGCUUCCAGUUUCCACCAGAGAAUUUCUAGAACAAAAGAUGCAGCUCUAUAGUCGACUGUCCGUGAUCGUGGAUACACGAGGAGGUUUUCGUCGAUAUAAAUGCAACCAUUGUUCCUACACCUCGCCACAUGCACUGGCGGAUGUGCGCAAACAUAUUCUCGGAUCGCAUUGUGGUAUCUCCACGAAACACUUUCGCCACUGCUUACAGGCUUCGCGUCUUGAUCCGGUUGAAUUCACUCUACUGUCCGACGAAAAACUGGGUCGUUUAGCCAAAGAGUUUUUGAAUCGUCGUCACGGAUCAGAUCUUGCCAAGGCUGAGAGUCGAUCACCUUCUCCCGCGGAAAGUGUUGAGCGCAAUGGUGGUGUGAAUGAAGUCAGUUCUUCUCUAUCCAAUACAAGUACACCCCCGGUUACCGAAACUCGAACGCAGGAUACCUAUGUGUCCCGAUUCACAGCCAUGGUUCCGGGCUCUAAAAAUCCCGUUACAGUUCGAAUUCGACCACCAGUCCCGCCGGACGCCAGCUCUGCGGCAAACGACUCUGGUCUCGCAGUUGGUUCCUCUAGCUCUCUAGGCAGCCCCACCAUGGGUCAUAGCACUGCAACCGGACGUUGUUCACCUACGCAACAAUUCGCCAUGCCCCAAUCACCGUUAGAGUCUCCGGAAUCGGAAGAUGAGUUCCAAGCCAUCACAUCCGUGGAUCAUCUAGACCUAACUGCUUUACCAUCCAUCCCCGGAUUAGAGGGAGCGGAUCGUGUGGUUGAUUUGCCGCUGCCCUAUUCCGAACCAGUAUUGCGAAAGUUAUUGGAGUGUGCCGGAGCCACCGAAGCACAGAUUAAAGAUCUAGUGGCCAAAAUGCAAGUUUACGCCACAUACACGAUGACUCGAAUCUGUCGACGGGACCGUACUCUGGCUUUUCGAUGUCCUUGUGGACGUCUGUUUGUGACCACGCGUCAGCCGGACAGUGGAAUUCGGGCCGCUACCCUGGCCGAUAGUCGACGUCAUGUGAUGGGUGUACACGCGCGUAUCUCGCAUGAGUUUAUCACCAUUUGUUGUCAGGCCUCACGUAUCACACGAGAUUAUGACUUUGAACUAUACUCGGAUGAUAUGCUACUUCGUCUGGCCAUGGAAAGACCCAUUAAGUUGAGCUCGGUUCCAUCAUCUGUUUCCCACAAUUCAACUUCCGCAUCCCCAUCUCCCGCAGUUAACAAUCCCACCUCGAGCUCUGUGCCCAUCCACAGAACAUCGUCACAUCCAAGCACACAAAAGAACUUCAAGGAGUUGGCACCAUACCCACCCAUCUUGCCAAACUUGUCCAACUCACACGUGACUCGGAGAUCUGUCUCCAUAGACUUAAACAGUGAAUCCGGUUUAAACGCAGACACACGCGAUUCAAUGCAUACACCGAACAGUGCUUCACAUCGAGAUCAGAACGAGGAUUCCAUUGAAGAUCGGGAUAAUUCAGAUCCAGAGAGCUCGGGGACGCGCAAAGCGCAGAUCGGAUUGGAAGAUCCGUUAGCUCAUCUAACCAAAGCCCAAGCAUCCUCCUCGGAGGAGGUUGAACGAAUCAUCAAUUUACCUUAUUCCUCUGAGGCAUUGUACAGUUUGGUCCAAGGAUACUGCCCUGCCUCGUAUUUUCCCGUUCUGGAGGUAAGUAAUGAGAAUUCUCGGUGUCGCACAUCUGUGCGUUCUUACUUUGCUUGUGUAUUUACGUUGGAAUCAUAA